UCUUGAAACAGAAACAUAUCAGAGUCGAAAGAGAAAGAGAAAGAGAAAGAGGGAGAUGUAGAGGUAGAGAAGAGAAAGAGGAGCAGCAAUGGGUGGGCGCUUAUGAUAGAGGUACGAUUUCCAGUCAGAAAACUGAUGAUAGAGAGAGAGAGAGAGUACGAAGCUUGGCUUAUUAUAGGAUGAUCAACUCUACAGGAGACUGGUGCCCAAAGUUAAUAAAAACGCUACCAUGUUAAUGGAAACAGUUGCAGCAUGUUGUCAAAUCGGUGCGGAUGGUUCAGGUUGUAUUUCAUUUUUGAGCGAGCUUAAUGAAAGAUUGCAUAACUAUCAGUUCCUUACCAGGUGCACUAAUUUCUUAUGGUCUUCUAUAGUAUAUACUGAACCUGUUCGUCAAGAUUACGUCCUGAAAAUUUGAAUCAAUUUUUUUUUGUUGCUACAGAAUAUGGCAUGGUAAAAAAUGAUCCAGUGUGUGCUAUUUGAUCUUCACCGGGAGUUGGAUAUAUUCAUCAGUUCAACUCAAUCGAUGUCUGCCAUUCUUUAUUUAAGUUAUCUGUCAUCCUUUACUUUUAAGUGAGGACAAGACAUGAUGAAAUAGAUUUGCAUUCCAUUCCAGUUGUUUAAAGAACAAUAUAGAGACUGAUGCCCCCUCCCAGUACCCGCAGCAAAGCGCGGGCCACCUAACUAGUAAUCAAACAUGGGAGAAAGAAGACAUCUGCACUUCAAUUUCUUCUCUUCCCUGAAACAGGUUGAGAAAAGAUUGAAAUUAGAGAACUCAUCUGAGCAAUUUACUUCAUCACAAUCAAAAUUGGUAGAAGGCCAGAAGUUGUUUACAGAAUCACUAGGCUCACCCAUCUACCUCGAUUUGGAUCACUCCAACAAGAGCAGUACACUCCAAGACAGUAGUGAAGCCCCUGAAGCAUUUCUCUCAUGCUCUCCACAGUUCAUGCAAACUCAAGAGAAACCAACUCAGCCAAGUUCCCCCAAAACUACCAGUGACAGUGAAGUUGAAGCUGUGGACGAUAUUGAAGAGUUGAUCCAGCUCUUGGGUUUGUCUAGCUGUCAAGAAGGAGAUGAAGAAAAGGCUGGUUUGAACUUGAAGUGUGGAGGGAGUGAAAGUGGGGGAAAUUCUUGUCAUUGUGAAGGCAGGUUUUAUGAGAAGAUUGUUGGGGUGAAGGGACCAAAGUAUCAGAGAGAAGUGGAGAGGUUAAAGGGUUGGAUUAACUACUUCUUGAUUGGUGAUGGGGAUGGAAAGAUUGAGCCUUUCAGGUUGACACAUUUGCUUUUGAGUAAAGCUGCUUUUGUUUCUGAGGGUGCUGAUCAUGGUUUUGGAGGGUUAGACUUCCCUUCUACGAUUACAGAUUUUCUGCGCAAUGACCCUCCAACAGAGUAAUAUGGCACAAUGUACUCAUUGUUAGAAGAUGAUGCUUCAUAGUUUCAUAUAUCAGCUUGAUGUAAGUUUCAAAAGGGUGGACAACACCGCAUUCAUAAUAGGCCGCUCCUCGGGAUUCUGGGUGGUGCAAACCAAGGCUAGCUUGAGCAGCUCUUCUGCACUUGCCACUUGUUCCUUGGAGAUAUCUGAAGUUAGCAUUGGGUCC